AUGGAACUCCCAAGUUUUGACUCAAUCUUGCUCAGACUUUGUUUCUCCACCGCCUCGACUAGGAGUUGGAAAUGGUUACAGUUGCGUCCAAUGUGGAAAGUGCAUUGCUUCAGUGGCAGGUCUGCCAGUUUUAUACAGCCAUCUUGGUGGCUUGGCACCCAUCCCGACUGCCAUUUGGCUUGA